AUGUACGUGACUGAAGUUGACCAGCGAGACUGGGAUGAGUAUGCUGAGCGGCUCACAUUUGCCAUUAACACUGCACAAGAUCGGAUCCGGGGGGAUACCCCAUUUUAUCUGAUUCAUGGGUGGGACCCGCGAUCGACUUUGGAGGCUACGCUACCAGUGGGGAAUACGGGGACAUGA